UGCGCGCGCACCUAUGUGAGGGAAUGGGAACCAUGAACCGGUUCGUGGACGAUCUUCCGAUGUAAACUACGAGCUAGUGACAAAAUGGACCCAUAGCAGCCAUGUUUUAGUGAUUUAUUAGCUAUGAUAGACCAGAUCUGUUAGUUUUUUGGAUUUAUUAGACUGAUUUUAACUGUGUCUACCUGUGGCAGCGGGCAGUCCGUCCGUAAAGGACUCGCCGUUGUUUUCGUAAACAAACAUGGCUUCGAAGUGUCAGAAAUUUCAGCCGAACAUUUUUAAUAAGCUGAAAUGCCAGAGCUGCUUCGGGGCGAAAGAUAUCCAUUCUGCGGAGGCUCUGGAGAACAACAAGGAAGUGGAUGACAUGAGUACUACAGCCAGCCAUGUUGGUUGGGUGGAUGAGAUCUGUUCUUUAGUGCUGGACUCGUUCACGACAGUCGAGUCGGCCACAAGAAAGAUUUCAAAGUGCGGAUAUUUAUUUGUGUCUCCAGAUUUCGACUUCAGCAACCCUGUUGAUAGGAGCAAGCGAUGGCAGAGGCGUUUUUUUCGACUAUUCGAUGAUGGAGAGCUUAACUUUUCGGUGGACGAAGAUCCGGACACAGUUCCACAAGGUGCAGUGGACAUGAAUAAAUGUACAGAGGUAGGAGAUGCUGAGAAAAAGACCACCCAUACCAACUCUCUGUACAUCAUCACCCCCAACAAAACCUACUACAUCAAAGCUGGAUCCAAGGAGGAGAUUAUGUGGUGGCAAGAAGUGCUUUCUGUGUUUCCAAGGUCAAUACCAAAACCCAAAAAUCGCCGCUUCACCAUGCCAAUCUUCAGCAAUAAAGACAAGGAAAAUGUCCAGCCACUGACAACAGAAUCUCACAGAAAGUUACCAAGUGUGAGUAGUCUCACAGAUGGAGACAUUCCUGCAGUGAACAAUCGUUUUGAGGUGGAGAAGGUAAAGGUUAAAGAGCAAGCCUUUUCUACAUAUCGAGGUGUCCGUAACAUGAAGCACCGGACUGAUAAACACUACCAAGAGGGCUUGCGCAAGAGCAGUAGUCUGCAUGAUCUUUCUUCUGAGGAUACCAAAGAUGUUGGUAUGGGACUAGCAUCUUCCAAGUUCCUUAGUCGCUCUGGUGAUAGACUCAAUUAUGUAAGUGCAGCUUCACAUCCCGGCAUAGAGAAUGCAGCCCGCGUGUUAGCGGACUCCAACUACAACAACCCUUACUGCACUGUCCCUCGCAGGACAUGGCAGACGCUGGCUGCAAACACCACCACCCCGCCAUCCCCCAACUCUAACACGCCUAGCUCUGCAUCUGCCAACAACCCUUCCUCCUCCCCAUCCUCCCACCCUACUGUGACUGUCAAUUCCAGUCACAUCCCAAUUAUACGCCGUAAGAGCACAGCCGAUACUCAAUCCUCUGCUGCGUCCACCAGCACUAAGCCUAAGAGUGCCAGUGAGCGAGCCCGCCUCCACAGGGAACGCUCCACAAGCAUGAAGGACUUUCCGACCCAGUUCUCCCUGCCUAAGCCAGAUGGUACCCGCAUGUCCAUGUCCAGUCUUGACCGACUUUCUGCCUCGAGUCAUGCAGAUGGUCAGUCCUCAACUCGACCCUCUGGGCGUCGUGAUAUAUAUGAAGUCCCCACUAACAACUUGAACCAGACGGAUGAACUCAAGAUGGCCAAGUCAACUGAGUUCCAAGCAGCAAGUAGAAGUAGGUCACAGCCAUCCAUUUCUGGGAGUUCUCCACAAAGCCAAGGGUCACCUUCUAAUAAAUAUGAGGAUCUGAUGUACAUGAAGAAAGGCUGGCUGAUCAAGCAGGGGUCAUCAGAGAAGGACUGGAAGAAGCAUUGGUUUGUAUUGACUGGAAACUCAUUGCGGUAUUACAAAGAUGCUCAGGCAGAAGAAAGCAAUACUCUAGACGGUCGUAUUGAUCUCUCCACAUGUUUCGACAUUUCCGAGGUGGACAUUGGUCGUAACUUUGGCUUCAGGAUCAAGUCACGCAAUGGGGAAUAUGUCCUCGCUGCUAUGACAUCUGGGAUACGGAACAAUUGGUUAAAAGCAAUCCGCCUUGUUAUGGACCUACAGACUGGCAGUAAAAAAUCUACCUCUUCAUUGUUGUCAAACUCUGCUGACUCUUCACCUCGUACUGUGGACGAUCUUGACCUUAGUGCUUCAGCCGAUAGUAGUCGAUUAAGUGGGUCAAUGGAUAGUCGAUCAUCAUCAGAAAGUCCCAAAGAAAUUCAUAAACGUACUACAACAAAAAAUAUGAGACGACAUUAUUCCGAUGUUAGUCCAGGAAAUGUGAAAUUUUCUGUGAAGGAUUUAUCUCCUGCUCUGGCACGUAUCUCUCAACCACCGACCAUCGUAGGUGUGGUGAGUGGAGGAAAUUCUCCACCGGAACCAGAGAAAAAUUCUCUUGGUGGUCAGGGAGAUCAAAUAGAUUCAGCAAACAAAAAGUUACAAAGUAGUUCAAAGUUUUCACCAGAACCUGUGUCAGCUUUGACUGGCAGCAAUGAACCGAUGAGUCGGUAUGUAGAAGGGAGUGACAAUGGGUCCCUGCCUCCAACAGUAUCGCCUGCUUCGGGGGUAGGGGAUGACUUUGCCUCCCGUCGGGCAGUUAGUAGUGAAAGUAGGAAAGAGGAAGAUGAGAAAUCAAGACGGGCAAAAUCACCCAGUGCCCGUGUGAAAGAAAAGUCUCGGAUUAAAGGAGGCAAGAUACAGACGCCACCACAGCAGGUGUCAGAUGAUGAAUGUUAUGGGAUGUCGGCAUCUGCUGAGGAGGAAACUGUUAGCUUACAAGUGAUUGAUCUGCAUCAACAUCUUACUGGGGAAAUUUACCAGGAGUCGGACAACAACUUCGCAAUAUCUGAAGACACUCCUGCAUCCACUGGGGAUUCCUCCGCUGGAGCGGAUGGUAUGCUGGUGGAACUCUUAGAAACAGAGGUCGACUCACUGAAAGAACAGCUAGAAAACACGCACAAAGAAAUGGUGAAAAUGCAUGAAACCAAUAUUGACCUGAAAACCCGCCUACAGACUAUCGUCAGGGAAAAGGAUGUGUCACAGCCGGGUCAACCACAGCAUGGGCUAGAAAGCCCUAUAAUGCGUAGCUUGUGGAAUCAGCAAAACCAGUCCUCAGAUUGUCCACAGGUGACAACAAUGCGACGCCAGGUGAAGGAAGCCAGGGAUACGAUACAGAAAAAUAAAGUGGAAAUGGAGAGCCUUCGUUCCAAGCUUGACAUGUCAACAUCCAAACUGACCGGUACAGAACGGGCCCUGUCAGAGGCUCUUAAGGAACUCAAGAAUGAGAAGGAUAAACUCAUGAAAAUGUCAAAUGACUGGAAUAAAAAGAUUCGCAAUUUAGAAGGACAAUUGAAAGACACAACUCAUAAAAUGGAACGGCAGCGUGAUAGUUUGAAUGUGAAGGAAAAUGACUGUAAGAGAUUAGAAUCAGAUCUUAAGGCUAGUAAUCAAAAAGUACGUGAACACGAGCGUGAAAUUCUAAAGUUAAAGGCUGUGGAACAAGAUAAUAGACAGAUGAAAGAAAAAAUGGACGACACAGAAAGAAAAAUGGCAACAUUAAGGUUGGAACUUAAAGAGAAGGACAUGCACUCUAAGAAAAUAGAGGGUGAAUAUGAGCAUCAUAUUGCUGAUUUGGAGCAGGAAUUCACCCAGGAAAGGGAUGAUAUGGAGCAACACUUGGAGGACAUGAAAAAGAAAUUCAUGGAGGCUCAGCAACAUUCCAAUACCAACAACAUGGCUGCCCUUUUACAGGAAAAGGACAUCAUCAUUGCCCAGUUGGAAGAUAAAAUGAUAGAAAAUGAUAAGAAAUUGAUUGACAUGGCAGACGAACUACAAUCAGAACUAGAUGAAAGUGUUAUGCUGCAAAACAAUCUGGAGUCUGUACAGAAAGAUCAUAGUAUGAUGGAGAAAAAAUUCAAGGAACAGGAAAAGUUGUACUCAAAAGUGGUUUCAGAAAAACAGAAAAGUGAGGAAGAAAAUAGGUCACUCACUCGCACCAUGGAGGAAUAUAGAAAGGAAAGCCGUGAACUUGGAUCUCUUUUAGAUACUGAGAAAAACGCUGCUAUCAAAUGGCAAAGGGAGAAAAAGGAGUUGCUAAGUAAAAUUCAAAAUUUAGAAGGAAAUAUUGAUACACUUCAACAUAAGUUAGAUAACAAAGGAUCAAGGAUGUCGCAUGACAGCAGCCACUCCGAAGAAGAUCGGAGUAAAGUGUCAGAUAUACUUGGAAACUUUGUUGUUGUCGAAGCUGAAAUGUCAGAAAUUACUAAAACAAUGAUCAAUCUCCAAAAGAACUUCACCGAUUUCUUAUCAAGGCAGACAGAAAAAAGUCAUUCGCAACUGGGUGGUAUGGGGUCUUUAAUGACAGACAUUGUACAUCGCUGUGCACAUCUACAGGACAUCUUACGAGAGGGGUCUUCUGACUUGACUACACCAAGGUCAACAAAUCAAGGAAACCAAUCUGAAGAGUACAAUGAAAUGAAAGAGAAGUAUGAUAAUUUAGUGAUUGAGUCCAAUAGGUUACGGAAAGAUCUGGAGGAUAUUUCCAGUCAAUCAAAAGACAACAAAGAGAUGGAUGUGAAACUGGCUAAUCUUGAGAGUGUGUACAAACAGAAGGUACAGGAAAUGACAUCUCGGGUAGAUGACCUGGCUGGCAUGGUAAAACAUGCUGGCCCAAGUAAAGCGUCAAGUCCACAGAAACCGAAGCGACCAGAGGAGGCAUCUACAGCUAUCUCCGCCGAGAUAGAAGCCGAGCUGGGUCAGCUGGAGGACCGCAUUGCUUACAUAGACCAGGUACUACGUACUCCCGAUAUCAGCAUGUCGGGCGAGGAGGAGGAAGAGGAUGAUGAUGAGGAUGAGGAAUCCGACAGUUUCAUGAGUUCAGAUGAUGAAAUGUCGGAAGAUGAGGAAGAGGAGGAGGAGGAGGAAGUCAGUGGAGGAUAUGAGAGUAAACGUCUUAUCGGAAAGUUGCGUGCAAUGAGAAAUCAACUGCAAGCAACUAACUGUAAGAUUCAGGAUCUCACUGAUGAAAUGAUAGAGAAAACAUUCCUCAAAAACGAUUCCUCAGUAGAGGGUGAAGAAGGGUUGAGACAGACCCUGGUCAAAUGUAGUGACACUGUAGAUUCUCUGACUGGUCGCCUGGUUGACAAGGUCAAGGCUGCUAAAUUAGGGGGUGCCAGCCUAGAGGGUAGCUCUGCAGAAAAUAUGGUAGCAUUCCAAAACUGUGUGAAAGAGAUGAGGGAAAAACUGGUAGAAGUGAAUAGUAUGGUGGCAGCACAUGAAGCUCUGGAUGCAAAGUCUCUGAAAAUGGUUCAUGGGAAACUGAUGAACCUUUUAGAGUAUCUGAGCCAUCUUCAAAGAUUUAAACAUCGGGAUUUCGACAUGUUGGGGAGGAUUACUCAUCAGGAUCUGCAGGCAAAGGCUGUGAUAAAGCGACGUGAAAGUGGCAUCCGGCGGAGCCGCCUCGACUUUGAGGAGAAGGUGCAUCUUUAUGCAGAUAGGCUGUCUGUUGAGGCCAUCAUACUGGGACAGAUGGCCUAUCUGGUACAGCGCUACCAGAUGGGGGAUGUGUAUAGGGACCUACUGAUAAAGGAGAUUCAGGAUGUGAACGUGGUUAUCCUCGACUUAGAACGGAAAAUUGAUGAUGCCACAAAAACAAACGGUUCAUCAGAUACUGGUGUUGACAUUGUCUCAUCAUACGCAGCCAUUUUGGCAGAGAAAAUAGUUCUAGAGGGACAAUUGGCAUCAUGUGCAAUGGCUGCAGAUAAUCAAACUACUGACGACACCGCAGUGUUGUCAGCUCUUCAGAUCACGGAAAACCCAUCAAUUCUUGCCAUGGAAGUGUUUUUACGGUGUCAGGUGGACACAUCUGUUCAUCAGAACCUCCAUCAGGCCUUGGACCACAUGGAUUCUGUCACAGGCCACAUCAUCACUAAGUCGCUGGUACAGGGGGAGAUAAGUCAUGCACUUUCAAGGAUGAAAUCUCGCUUCUCUUUGAAAGACGGUGUGCGAGAUGUAACAGACCUUCUGCGCCAGGAGCGCAAGUUCUCACAUGAACAACUGUUAUGUAAGUGUGAGACGGUGUGUAACGCGGUAGAUGUGUACCAGGCGUUGGUAGGGUCUUCACUACGCUGUCAGGCUUGUCUGGCACAGGCUCCAAAUAUCAGCGACAGCUUGUAUACAAAAAUGUCACAAUCAUUCCAAAAACGCAUAGGCGAAUUCCAGGAGAAACAAAGGACAUCAGACGCUAGAGAACAGAAUAGGUGUCGACACAUUAUAAGUGCACUGGAAGUAGAAUUAGAAUCAAGUGUUAGAAAUUUUAGAGAUGUGAUAAAACCGGGUUUGUCAGAAACAGAGGAUGUCGUGUCAGACAUGACAGUUGUGUCUAUAGAAUCAGCAGUGUUACAGUUAGCUGACAUUCUCAUGUGUAGAGCAACUAUCAAAGGUACAGUAGCUUACAUUACAGACAUGGUUAGCUCAGGAAACUUUCCAGAACUUCCCGACACUGCCAUAUUCUCAUCCGAACAUGUACUUGGUGGUGAUCAGGACGGGGCCAUGCAAGUACUUGCACAGUCACUCUCAAAUGAAGCAACAAACAAGCAGUCUUUGGCAGCAGAAUUGAAAAAAUUCAAUCCAGAAAAUCCUUCAAGUUCAGAAGAAUGUUCUAGGAUAAUAGACAUUUUAGGAAUUGUCCCAGAAAGUGAACUAAGUAAUAAUCUAGGCACAUACGGUGAGAACCUGCUAAGAGAAGCUCUCCACCAAGCUCAACUCACUUACAUGUCAUACAAAAUGAAGUUACAGCAUGAGAGGAGUAUGCGCGAGAUGAAGAUGAAAAUUGAGGCUGGUCAGAAAGUAGACCUCCCUUCAGAUUCAAGUAGGGAAGCUGAAGGAGACAUUCAUGCUUCAUUGUCAGUGUUUGAGGAAAUCUUAGAAACAAAGUUUGAAGAUGAGUGUGAAGUGCUAAGUAUACUGGACAAGGAAAUAAAACAGUUACAGUCGGUUUCAACAGAUGCCCCAGAAAAGGGAUAUAGUCAACAACUCAGUAACCUCAUCUCUACAUUUGAAAACGAACUUGCUGUCUCACAGGAACGACAUGAUAUACAUGUAGAUGUCCUACGCCAGGAAGUUGGCAACAUUGUAAUGCGUCUUGAAAAGAUGACCGACGACUAUGAAAAGGAGAGGGAAGUACUGGUGUCGGAGUGCGAGGGCAAGGUCAGUAGUCUCCAGGAGGAGCUAGAGACAAUCCAGGUUGACCAUGAGGAGGAACUGGAGCAGGUCCGACAGGACAUCAUGACGGCAGUUAGUGCUAUCCGUGCCAAUGAGGAGGAAGUGGAUGGUCAACUGUCAGAUCAGGUCAAAGGACUCAACCGACAAAUCAUCUCACAGAAGGGCACCUUCAGUGUAUUGUUGACAGAACUUGAGGAGAAGCUGGCGGGGUCUAACCUCAGUCCUACACUCUCUACUCAAGUGUCAGAUCUGGUCAGUCAACUCCAGGAGGCUCUCAACAGCGGCACGGAGCCUGAGGAUCCCUUGUCCCCUCUGCCUGUCUCCUCGCCCCCUCCACUGCCUGUUGCACCCCGGAAGUCAGAGUCGCUCAGUGAUGUCCCUGCUAUGGACACGCUCAACUUGACAGACGAUUCAUUCCAAACUCUGGAUAGAUCUCAGCAUGACUAUGAAUUGGAACUACUGAAGCGAGAAAAGGAAGAAGCUCUGGCAGAGGAGGUCAAAACAACCAAAGCAGCUCUGGAUGCCAUGAGGAAGGCUUAUGAGGAUGACCUUGAGGAGGAGAAGGAAAGAUACAGAAUUGCCCUCAAGACUAUGUACAAUGAUGACUACAUCCAAGAAAUACGUAGACAACAAGAUGAGGAGCUAGAGAGGGUGAAGGAGGAGCUAAAGACUAUCACCAUGCACUACGACAGUAAGUGUGAGGACUACAGCAUCAUGGAGGAAAAACUCAACAACGUCAAGACGGAGUACGAGUCUCACAUACAACACCUGGUCAAGAGUAAUCAGCACCUAAAUGAGCUCGUAAAUGAGGAGAUUGGUAAACUCAAGGAUUUCGUGGAGAACAGGUCGAUGGGACGUAUACCGGGUAAUGCCACUCUGGAGGAAGAGCUUUAUGAUGCCCAGAUCAUGGUACGAAUGAAGGAUGCAGAACUACAGAAACUCAGGUCACAGGUGAAGAAUCUGGAGAACAACCUGGAAAGAGUGACAGAGGAGCAGAGAAACAGCAUGACACAGUACUUACAGAUGUACAAGAAGGUACAGGAACUGGAGGCCAAACACAAGAACAAGAAACAGGAAGAACAGGACCACGAUACCAGGGCAACUAACCGUUCCCUCCGACGAACUCCAUCCUUCCAUCAUCGUGCAAGGAGCCCCAGUCCACAGACAUCUGCCAAAAAGGAAGAGCAUCAUAGUCGUGACUCGCACCGCCGUCGUCACCUGGACGCACGUGACUUAAAGAGAUCCAAGAGCAGUCCGACCAUUCCCUUUGUAUUUGGGGGCAGACUGCCCUCCAGUAGUAGUCUCGGCAAGUCCUCCAGCUUCAAAUCCGCCAAGGCAAUGAAGACUUCCAAAUAACAGAAUCUACAUGUCGGCCAGAUAUAGACUAAUUUUUUAUUAUAUAUAUGGAGGAACUCAAAGGUUACAAACAUCUGAUAGGGAUGUCCGCACGCUGAAGUUGUAUCUUGUGUGUUAAAUACAAGGACAAAGUGAUAUUCACCACACUACAUAUGUUCCAUAUCUAAACUAUAUGUCUUUCAGAGCAGGAAAAAUAUGGUAUGUUUUGUGAAUAGAGAUAUAUUCCAUUAAGUAAGAAUUAUUUUUAAAUAGAAACUGAUUACCUGGUAUCUUUUGACAUGGAUAUUUCAAAGGAUGUCUUUCAUAUGACAUUAACCUAUCAGGAUUGUUUGUCAAAAUUUUAAAAAGCAAUGGAUGAUAUUUAUGUAGCUAUAAGGACAUUUGAAUACAACAAUGCCUCAUUAAAUGCAAUAGGGCAGAGUGAGACUAGGUAGAUAUGGUAUACAAUUCUAGUGUUGUUUUGCAUGACUUUACAACAAUGAUAUUAUUUAUACAUAUAAGAUGUGGAGACUUAUUGUUAUUAAAGAAAUGUAUUGCCAAAUUAUCCUAUCGCAUGACUUUAACAUUCUGCAGAUAUCUAUUGAAUAUUGUUUUUUCAAUUUCUUGAAAUCAUCAGAUUUAAGAAAAGUUAUCAUGACUGCUGGUUUUUCUCUAUCGUUUUUUUUAUUGUUUUACAAGUAAAUGACAUUGGAAACCAUUGUCUUCACGGAGGUAAUUUGUCAUUAGUUUAUCUUCUAACUCCUGUAUUAUGUCACGUGUUGACUAGAAACACAUUGUUAAAACCCUCUGGGCAGUGUUAGGUAGUAUUUGUGUGUUUUUGUUGCUGUAAAUGACUUAUGUUUUACUGUGCCUUUUCCUCCAUCUUUUUAAAUUUUUGUUUUUAGCCAUAAAUGUCAGACAUUAAAUUUUAUUGUGUUGCUGCUUUUUCUUAUGCUGAACCAAAACUGCCAAAUCUAGAUGUAAUAUUUUACUGUUAAUUUCAAAAUACUUUAUUUUGUCUUUAACUUUUAUGAUUUUAAUUGAUACAAAAUGCUUCCAGACUAUACAGUUUUAAUAGCUGUUUUGUGAGUAGUGCAGCUUGGUUUCAAUAAGACUUGAGACAUAGUGUUCCCACAUUGAACUGUGAUAAAGUGAAGUUACACCAAGUAUAUACGGGCUCUGUUGUAUAAUCAGUUUUUAUAUCUUGCCAGAAGAAAAUAAUCUCAAAAGGUUUCUCAAAUUGUUUGGGCUUUAAGUGUCAUUUUAAACUCUUUAAUAUUGAUACUUUAUUGUGUACAUCUCCUGGUACACCUGUUGGUACACACUCGUGUGAUCAAAUGUCACAGGAGCGUCUUGGUAUACAUAACAAUGAUUUUUACCUGUAAAUUACCUUUGAACUCUUAACAUGUCUUACUGCAAGAUAAGUUUUGACUAGCAGUUAUUUUUCAACAAAAUUGUUUUCCAAUGAAUUUGUUGGAACAAGAGUUUUCAUGGAUUGAAGUAUAUUACAGUUUGAAAUAGGUUUAAACCAAAACAAAUACUAUAAAAGACUACACAAGCAUGAACGUACACAAAAGAACUUGUUUAACUGUAGCACAAUUCUUAUACAUAUAAAAGUACUCAACAAUUUUAUAGUAGUUAGAAAUCAUUAAUUACUUUCAACGAUAUAAGAAGUCAUAUUAUAUGUUUAUCCAGUAAACUUAACCAAAGAAAUGUAUUAAUAUAAGCAUAUAUCAACUUGAGGAGAAUCAAAAUAUUUAUGUCAAAGUAGUUAGUUAUAUAUCCUGAAAUCUCAGGAAAUGACACCUGUGUAUAUACAGGCCCGAUAAUUGCCAUAAAUCUUUACUACUGGGUACAGAAAGGUGUCAUCAAUAUACUCUGUGGUAUGGAAUAUUUAUGAUGGCAAGUGUUAGCUAUUUUGGAAUUGUACAAUUUUUUAUCAUAAUAUGAGAAAACUGCUUACUCCAUGCAUCCAAAGAUACAAAGGUCAUUGUGUUAACAUAAUUUCUGGUUUUCCAAAUGAAAAAAUAUACUGACCCGUUGAAUUUUCCCAAGAUACUGAUAAUGAAUAAAUGGCUACUUUCAGAGAUUGUUUAAUGAUCAGGUGAUCAGGUGUGAGACAUGUUUGUUUAUCUAAUAUAUUAUUAGAUCGGCCUAAAGCAAACAGUACGCCUGUUUAUGUAGGUACAUCGUCCUACAGUACCCUGGUAGUCUCCUAAUAUUUAACUGAACUUUUAGUUAUAAAAUUAUGUUUUUUUAUGUUCUAAGAUUUGUAAAAUGAAAUAUUUUUACAACACCAGGCUUUUUUUAUUGUUGCCAUUACCAAUUGUGCUUUUCUUUUGUACAUCUUCCAUUUUGUUGGACUAUUAUGUAAACUGUUUGAAAGUGACUUUUUAAGUUCAGGGAACCGAGAUGUACCGGUACAUUUAAGAGAAUCUAUUCAACGAUAACAAUGUCAAAACCAUCAAUGGAAGUGAGAGGAUAUAUGUACAUUAUAUAUACAAUAUCAUUAUUAUAGGAUUACAUAGAUAUAUUGCCACUUAUAUUUCAUGUUCUCAUUGUGAGAUUGACAGUAUUGGUAUACCUAUUCAAUUGAGGAUACUGAAUGGUAUGCUGAAUUGGACUUGAAUUAGGGAAGAAGGUCAUUAAUGUACAGAUGUAUUAUUUUGUAAACAUUCACAUUUACCACUAACAAUCAUGACAAACAUCAAACAUAACCUUAUAACUAAUAAAGAUCAAAAGUAAUAUAUAUAUAAA